AUGGGCUUCGCCGACCUUCUCACUGAUGCUGGUGCUGCCAUGCUGAACAGCUGGCUCACCACCCGCUCCUACAUCGUUGGCCACUCUCCUUCCCAGGCCGACGUUGCCGUCUACAAGGCUCUGUCCUCUGCUCCCGACGCUGAGAAGUACCCCAACGCCGCCAGAUGGUACAAGCACAUCUCCACCUACGAGAGCGAGUUCGCCACUCUCCCCGGUGAUGCUUCCAAGGCCUACUCCGUCUACGGCCCUGAGGCCUCUGAGCUCCCCGUGAACCCCGCCAAGGCCCCCGCCGCCGAGGAGGACGAGGACGACGUCGACCUGUUCGGUUCCGACGACGAGGAGGAGGAUGCUGAGGCUGCCCGUAUCCGUGAGGAGCGUCUGGCCGAGUACAAGAAGAAGAAGGAGAACAAGCCCAAGACCAUCGCCAAGUCCGUUGUCACUAUGGAUGUCAAGCCUUGGGAUGACGAGACCGACAUGGUUGCCCUCGAGGCCUCCGUCCGUGGUAUCGAGAAGGAUGGUCUGGUUUGGGGUGCCUCCAAGCUUGUCCCCGUCGGCUUCGGUGUCAAGAAGCUCCAGAUCAACCUUGUCGUCGAGGACGAGAAGGUCUCUCUGGACGACCUCCAGGAGGAGAUUAGCGAGUUCGAGGACUACGUCCAGUCCUCUGAUGUUGUUGCCAUGCAGAAGCUUCUGAGUCCGCAAGAGGAGGAAUACGUGAGACAAUACGGCGAUCUUCUGGCCGCGUAUAAGGGCCAGUGGACUGACAUCGAUCUGACGGGGAGCUUGGAGCCGCCUCGUGACCUGUUCAUCGACGUGAGAGUCCUGAAGGACGCGGGUGAGAUACAGACCGAAUAUGGCGCCAUCAACCUUACGAAGAACAGCCAGUUCUACGUGAGGCAAGGAGAUGUUGAGCGGCUCAUAGCGCAGGGUUAUCUCCAGAAGCUCAGCUGA